CUUUUUUAAUAAUUUUUAUUACUUAAACAUUAUGUGGAGAAUACUUAUAAAACGCAGUUUAUGCUCCAAGCGCAAGAAACCCGUGCUGAGCAGCAAACCAUCGAAUACGCCGCAUCCGCCCAAGGAUCCGCCUGAGGAGGCUAUGCGCCAGCGUCUGUUGGAGCAUAAGGGCUUCGAAGUGCCGAGCUUUGUGUCCGCCGCUGCAUUUCGUCAGUUCGACAGCCCGGGCGAGCAGUUGGGUCCAUGUGCUGGCAAGAAUAUGAUCUACAAGAAUGCGCAAUACUUUGGCUAUCAUCGUUACUCCUUUGCCACGCUGCUGACGCAGAGCGUAGAGCUGCGUAAUGAGCGACGUGAGAAUGGCGGAGUGCAGCCAGAAAGCGAUGUGGACGAUGAGGAAGAGGAUGGCGAUGAUUGUCUGGAAGUGAUGCAGCAGCUGGAGCAGGAAUGCGAAAAGCUGCUCAAGGAGCAAGCGGAUACAGACAAGAAAGAAAAGGUUAAGGAGUGGGCUACAGCGCUGCAAAAGCGCAUGGAAAACUUAUCCGAGCAGGAGACCAAUAUGAGCGAUGAGGAAAUGCUUGUGUGGUGCGAGCAAAUGGAAAAGAAACAGCAAAAGGCCAACAAGCAGCAGCCGAAACCAAAUCAGGAUCCUGUAACCAAAGCGGAGAAGCACAAAGUAGACAGCAAGGAGGAUAGCGUAUCCAAGAAACGUCAGCAUGAGCAAAAGGUCAUCAAGGGCAUAAUCGAUAGCAAAGUAACGGAAAUAUUGUCAGAGUGCGUCAAGAAGGGCUUGGAGCAGGAUAAAAAGGAUGCGCUAAUAUUGUCGGAGUGCGUUAAGAAGAGCAUAGAGCAGCUGCAAAAGGAAGAAGACGCUAAGCAGAAAGAUGAGCCGCAGUGUGAUGGCAAAGAUGAGCCGGAAAAAAAAUAAAUUGAAUGCAAUUGUAUUUAAAAUAUAACAGUUUGAAAGCAAUUGUAUAAGCGUAGACAACAAGCC